GGAUCUAAAUGUGCGCACUCCCCACCUAGUUGAUGCUAGAGCAAUAAACUCUAAGCGAUCAGGAAAUGUAGAAUCAUGACUGCCAGUAGACAGCUCGCACUCGAAGCGGAUUCACAUCGAAAUGUCGGUCGAUCAGGAAUUUGAGGCAGCCGCCGAAGCUAUAAAGACGCUUACGAAACGUCCUAGUGAUGAGGAGCUUUUGGAACUUUACGCUUUGUUCAAACAAGCUACAGUCGGUGAUAAUAACACAUCCAAACCUGGUAUGCUGGAUCUGAAAGGAAAAGCAAAAUGGGAAGCAUGGAAUAAGAAGAAGGGCAUUACUCAAGAAGCAGCGAAGCAGAAUUACAUCAAUUAUGCUAAUCAAUUGAUCAGCAAAUAUAAGUAGUUUCGUCUAUCGUC